AUCCGUGGCGCCGCAUUCAUCCACUCUCCGUGUUCGUAUACAGUCACACAGUGUGCUAAACAUCGCUUAUACUUCCGGGCGAUAGAGAAACAGUUUGGAUAUAGUUUAGUGCCUUCUACAGUUUUAUUUUUCUGAAAGCAAAAGAAGGAUUAUAAAUUGUAAAUUUGAUCUACGUUCCCUUCGUCUAUUUUUAGUAGCAUUUUACAACCGUUUUCAACUUAAACGCAAAAACAGUCUUCAAUAUGCAGUCUUUACAAACAAGGAUAUUCGCUCUUUUGCUUAUUUUUGUGUUCGCUCUUUCGGCUUUGGCUGCUCCACUCAAAGAAGACAGACUAAAUGAAGAAACAAAAUUACAAAAGGUCGAAAAUGCAGUGACGUCACAAGAUAGAGAACUAGAAGACACACAACCAAAGCAAAUCCAAGAAACAGAAGACGGUCCUGUCGAUGUAGAAGAAGAUAACACACCAGAUGAAGACGACGAUGAUGACAGGGGGCAGGAAGUCAUCAACUAUCAGGAUAUUCAAGUCGAUCAUAACAGCAAAGUGACCAGUGAAAAUGAAGGCAAGAAACCAGAGACAGACAGCAAAAACGAAGAAGAAGAAGAAGACGAGUUUGACGAUUUGCUUGGAGAUGAAGAUGAAGAUGAGGAGCAGCUCGAGGAGGCCGUCGAACAGCAGAUGGAAGAAGAAGAAGAAGGAUCAGAGUACAUGCUGACACCUGCUGCUGCACGUGAAUUGAUGCUAGAGCUACGAGAUCCCGUGGAGGUGGCCAAGUUUGUGGUGGAAACAGAUGACGCUGCUGGCUUCCUUCGGGCUCUAAGGUUACUCUUACACGACGGAUAUAUUACUGAGGCUGAAGCCUACGCUCUGAAGGAUGAAGUAGCAUCACAGCUCAGAAACCUUCUCAUGCUACAACAAGUUGAACUAUCGAGGGCGCUGUUCGAGACCUAUCAACCACAGGUGGAAGAGGAUCCCACGGCAGAUUUGGAUGGUUUACUCUACAACCAGAUGGCUCAACCUGCAGAAUAUUAUGACUAUGCCAACAUGAUUAACCAAGAUGAAGUGCCGUAUGGAAGCUCUCAAGUCAACCUCUAUGAUGCAUACCAAGAUGCAAUUGAACAGGAAAGCACUCAAGCCUUAUCAGAGAUAGCCGAGAUACUUGCACAAAGGAUUGCACGAGGUGAAAUCUCGCCGGAAGAUGGCGCUAAAAUCAUGAGCAAGGUUGUGCAGCUCCUUCCUGACAACUACUGGGGUGAGAGCGAAGAAGGCAUGAGCUCAGAGGGGGGCAGCGAAUACAGAGAAGAAGACUUGGGCCUUUCAUCACAGACCAGCGAGUACAUGCAGGGCGAGGACGAGAUCGAGAGAUACGGCCAGGAGGUCGAGCCUGAGAUUGAGAACUUCGAGGAAGAGCUCCUAGAACAAGGACCGGAUGGAUUGGUCAAGGACAUCAAGGAGACGGACCAUAAUGGUGACGCGGACGCGACGGAGUUAGAGCAGGAGGCGGAGAAGAUUGCAGAUGAAUUAGAAGACGAACUCAUUGAAGGAGGAAAGACAUCGAAAACAGAGUCCAUUAAGAUUACCAAACCUGGAGCUGAAGCUGUUGUAAAAGUCGGCCCAUCAAAUGACGUCAUUGAUGAGGAUGUGGAGAAAAACUGGAAAGACAUGUCGCUACUACUCGAUAAUGACAUUCCUGAGGACAUCUUGAGAAGUCUUGGCAUCGACAUGGAAAAGCUAGGUAACAAAUACGAAGAAGAGAAGGAACUUGAAGAGGAGGAGAAAGAGAUCAAGGAGAUAGCAACGAAAGAAGGGGAGGAUUAAUCGGGAUGAGCUUACGUCACUUAUGACCCCCACCCUUCCUCCUCCUCCUUCCGCAAAGGAAUUGGAAAUCAGAGACUGCAAUGUGAUCAUGUACCAUCUUCAAGCGUCGGUUCGGUUGUGGGUAUGGAAAGGGUUAUAGGACUAUGUGGAAAUAAAGCUUUGUUAAUUGAAAUAUUAUUUUAGUUAUAAACAUUGUUUGAAAUUUAAAUGAGCAAAUUCUUUCAGUGAAGAACCUCUUUCAACCAAUAAAAAAUUGAUAAUUUUGUUAAAACCCACAAAUCGAUUUUUGACAACGCUAGGUACUCAAAACAGAAUUUGACGUUGAAAUACAAAAAAAAAAUUACCCCCAUCUUUCUUUUCUGCCAACACAAUUAAUAUUCAUCAGUUUAUCAUAAACGAUCACUCAUACUUUGCUAGAAAAUGUUAUCAAAACGGAGGGGAGAUCAUUACCUUGUCCUGGUAUGACCUUCGUUUUCUGAUCAUUGAUUGCGCUAGGAAGACAGAGUGUUUGACAUUCGGAUCAUAUUCAUGCAGUCUCUGAUUUCCACCGUAUUCUUUGCCUCAGUCUUUAAUUUGCAUCGAAAUUCAUCACCUUCGCAGUUCGCUAUAUUUUUUCACAUCUUUGUACGAUGUUUUCGAUACCUUUAUUGCUAUACUUCAGUUGUGUUAAGUUUGGUUGUAUCUUUGAUAUAUUUCACUAGAUUAUGAUUUUCUGAACAAGUAGAAUAAUUUUACAUUUUUGUUGACUUAUGCUUUUGAACACCUUUAUCACUUUUGCCUUUUAAUCGUUAACAUCACGUCAGAAAAUGAACAAUGCUGGUGUCGAAAGAAAAUCAUUUUUCAGUCAUUGAAAAGAAAUAUGAGCAUGGCACUUUAUGUUUAUCUCUUUAUUUCUAAUCACGUUUAAUCAAUAAUUGUUUCAUUUGGGGUAAAUGGUGUUGGCUAUCAUUAUAUAAUAAUUAAAAUUAAAAUUUGUUUUACAAUGUAAAAUAACUUGGAUAAGGGCAAUUACCUUAACAAAAAGUUGGAAUACAGCGUAUCAUUCGUUUAUUUAGAUGUUAUCAUAUUAACUUGGUCACAAUUUAAAAUAAAGGGUAACAAAAUCAGAUAAAAGAAAUAUCUAUAUUUGUGCCCACUCUACCGAUAAGAAUCGGGAUAUGAUUAAUAAAGAUCAAGUUUAAAAGAUAUUAUUUCUCAUUUAUUUGAAUAUAUUAGACAACGGACAAAACAUCGUUUUUCAGACUUUUUCAAAUGUAUCUAUUUUCUUUUUGAUUUCUUUAUUUUCUUUCUUUAUCUCUCUCUCUCUCUCUUUCUCUCUUACUAUCUGUUUGUUAUCACACUGAAUCUCUGUAUUCAUUGUCAUCUAAUAAUUCCUUUUAACUCUUUGUAUCUCUUAUAUCUGUCUCUGUAGUAUACUAUUAAUCUCUUCGUAUGCUGUUUCUACCUAUGCUGUGUGUGCAUUUCCCUUUUAUUCCUUUUUUCCUCAAAUUCUAGGAUUCAUCCAUUCUUCUCUCUCUCUCUCUCUCUCUCUCUCUCUCUCUCUCUCUCUCUUUGUCUCUUCGUCUCCUUCUUUCUUUGUCACAUUGAAAUCUUGACAGUGUCUAUUAAUUUCUCUAUUGUCUUAUGACUCUUAUCUCGCUUUAAUGUCUUGACACAAAAGGUCAUGUCGACCAUUUUUUCUCUGUGUGCAACUUUCAACUUUCGUGUAAGUAUUUCCUAUCUAAGCUUUAAAUUUUCAUAAGAAAAUCUAUGAAUAUAUUGUACAGUAUAUAGAACAUUGUAAUAUAAUUCUGGUGCAUCUACAUUAACGAAAACAUUGGAGGAGUAUUCUACUUGAUGUAAUUACAGUAUAUAGCUCUAGGCGCAUGUGGUGUGAGCAAAAUAUAUGACUUAAGAGUUAUUUUAUCAAAAAUAUACUUAUAGAAUAUAAGACGUAACUAUAUUCACAGUUACACAUGAUACCAUGGGUAUGUAACUAUUAAACUAAUAUUGAUUGCAGAAUUAGGAAACUGAUUGUCAGAUUCUCUUCGUAAAUCGAGGAGUCAAUAUAAAAUCAAAGAAAGGGGUACGAAGCGACAACUUUCAUAUUUUUUUAUUAUUCAUAUUAUCUGUACAUGACUUGUGAUACAACACGCAACCGAACCAGUGCACCAUAUUGUCCUCGUUUCUGUAGAGUUCAUGAUCUGAUCAAUAUUUAGGGGUUCGUUCUAACGGUUACAUGGAUAUGUCACAGUAACAUACUCAUUAGUUCUUAAUAUACAAAUAUUGACAUCAUUGUCAGCUACGAAUCCAGAUAUCUUUGUGAAAUGUAUUACGAACAGGUAGAUAAAAUAUACAAAGGACCCACUUAAUGCAUUAUAAAUUUUGAGCCAUCAAAGUACUGGGGGCGUACGCCUUCUGUAUACUAUGUUACUUGUUAUGAUGAUAAUAAGUCCGUGGGCACGCAUUUCAUGCAGUAUUCAUUUUAAUGCAUGCAAUGGCUGAAGAAGAGCUGGAAGCAUGAUAAAUAAUGCAGUUGUCUCCAUUUAUUAUUCUAUUUUAAAGAAAGCUCUUUAAUGAAAUAUGAAAAAUAAGUAUAUUGAUAGUAAUCCGACGAAAUGUCAAACAGUUGUCAGAUUUCUUUCAGGAAAUGAACUGUGUAAUUUUCCCAAACUACCGUUAGUAUAUUCAUGAAAGAAAAUGAGGAUGACUAAACGAUUCUAUAUUGCUAAUAUAGGUCAACUGCAGUUCAUUGCUCUCUGAAUCAUGUAUAUUCAGUCUGUAUAUACUUAGGAACAUCAUGUCGCUUAAUACAAUGGCGAUGAACACACUCGAAUGACCAAACUGUAGAUAUGAUGGCAUCAUUGUGCAGCUUUAAUUGUAUGAAAAAAGCAAGAAGAAAAAUAUCGUGGUAUAGCUAAGAAUGGUAUCAUAGUUGCAUGAAAUCCAAAUAAAUGUAACAUUAAAGAGUACCACUCUGGUGUUAAGAUUAAGGUUAUUCACAGGGGAUAAGAUAAUAAGUUUACGUGCCAUUACAAAAAAAAAGUUAGGUUUGUGUUGGAUUAUCGAUUUGUAUAAGGAUCGGGGAAAUAUCAUAUUUGUGGUUUGAAGACCAUUUUUUAAACAAUAUGUAAGGGUUAAGAUGUGAAUUAGACCUGAACCAUUUUUCUUCUUCGUCUUAUAUACGUGGCACAUCCGGAUUCAAUAGGCAAAAUUACAAAAGAUAUUGUCUUUAGGAAAAUAGGGAUAAUUAUUAUGAACGUUUGUUAAGCAUAUUUGGAUGCGCACAGUUUCACAGUAAAAUAACACUUGGAGGUCUGAAGUAAGGGAGAACAUCAAAUUAACAACACAAUACGGCACUAUAUAUCCUUUUUUCUUUUAUCCAGCACAUUUUAUUUCAUACUCUGUUUAUUAUGAUUAUCGUAUGUUUACCUUGUUCAUUGUAAACUUAUUCAAAUAAUGUUUACUAAUUCCGUGGAGAUUUGUUUGGAACUAAUUCCACUUGCUCAUUGUUGUAUUCGUUAGUAUAACUUUAAAUUUCUCCAUUUAUUUAAUCACCUCCACUUUUUUAUGUUUGAUAUAAUUAACAUGUUCAUAUUGUAAUAAUGUUACCUAUUUAUGUAAUCAUUUAUUUGUAUUUUUAUUCUUUUUUUAUAUACAUUUAUGUUUGAUAAAUACAAACUUUUAAUAAUUCCGUAACGAUCUCUACACACAAACACAUGUGGCAUUUUCCCGCUUCAUUUUGGGCUUAGUAUUCACAGAUAGAUUUAAAUGAGAAACAAUGAGUGCCUUUGCAUCAGUUGGUUUCCAAUCUUCAUAAAGCCAGGAAUAAUUUUAGUUUAAUGUACCAACAAAAUAUGCCUGUUCGCCCUUUUCUAGGCUUUUAAACACAAACGUUGACGAGAUUAAAGUAUUUGAAAGUAUGUACAGACAACAGAACAAAUCUCACAGAUUUCGUUUAUCAGUUAAUGCCGAAAACAAUUGGUAUAAGAUUUAAAAAAAGCCGAAUACUGUGUUGUCCUUCUCAAAGCCACUUGCUUUUUUUGUCCCUUUCAGUUGAAUAAAGUGUGCUGAAUAAAA